AUGCUAGCUUUCGUCCGGGUUGUUGGUGAUGUCAUCUUCUGGCACCUCUGCUACAAUGCCAAGGGCGAGUAUAUCUCUUAUGAGGACCAUCGAGUCCCCCGACUUUCUCAGCUCCACGCCGAAACAAAACAUCUUGCAAUGGACACUCUAGAGAGGAGUCGCCAUAUCGUGGGAUGGAGUGAUGAUGUCAGAAAUUUUGCCGGUGCCCCCGAUGCGGAUUUUGCUAUUGAGUGGACUGAUCUACCCAGCCCGAACUCGAUGUGUGCGCUUGAAAAAGUCACCAUCUCUGGUUCCGCCGUUCCGUUCAUAACCUCGGGAGCCAGCAUCGCCCUGGGAAUCAAGGAUAAGGCGCUUCAUCUCGGCUUUGGUAGCAGUGACGACUAUAUGGGGAAUCUAUUCACCAUCGAGAAGCGACACUUUGUAUUCUAUGACACUGAGGAGAGACGCGCCUGGCUUGUCGACGGUGUCAGCACUGUCCUCCACCUUCUGCGUGCCUACCUCAGAUUUUAUCUUGAGGACAGUCGCGUAAGGGACUACUUCAUCUACAGUGACGGCGAUAUCGAAGAAGCCGGCCCAAACGUGGCCUACACGGGCGCGAGGGCCGCCUACGAGGUUCUGAAGAACGACAAGAACCAAAGACUGCCGCUGUAUCCGAAAAUGUCGGAGGAGUCAGAGGAAAGGAUAGCCAAGCUCGGAACCAAGCACGAGGACGACGUUACAAACCUGAAGGCAACUAGCAGGAACUUCACCCUUAAGGAGCGCGUCGAACAGCUCUGCUACGUGCUCUUGCAGAUUACCGCGUAUCAUGACGACAUACAUACGCAGUCAGGCUUCGGCUGGAGGAUUAAGAAGUCGCCCCGCCACCGAAUCGAGGGCUUCGAAUUCAUGGAUGUGGCUACCAAGCACGACACGCUCUGGCCCAAGGUCGCCACGCUGGAUGCCGUGAGCGUCGGCUGGGUUGACUUUGCACGAGCCUUACACGCCGUGCCUCUGUUCGGUGUUGGGUUCGGUGAUCUAUUCCGGCCAGUCAGGACAGACGCGCCGUGCUGCAGCUCGACAGCCUCUGUCCCCACCGGCAAGGACUUUCUGGCAGUCUAUGGGGCCGACCUCGAAAUAAUAUUGAGACGAGGUUCGAAGCGGAAAAAUCCUUGGCGACUUGUCGGCAAUAUCCAUUGGCAUUCACCUGACGGCGUGGCCUUCGAAUCGUGCAAGUGUAAAAGCCUCACUCUGGGUGGAGAUAGCCGGCCGAUCUCUGCGGCCCAGAGAAGUUACAAGAAACAGGAUCGAAUGGGACAACACAGGGCUUCCUGUGAGCCCGAGAAGAAGGGGCUGAAGGGGAUGUUUGGAGAACGUGGGUUUGGCCGGCAGAAGAGUCAGAAAGGAUCGAGUCCUGCCGAUAGGGUGCAGGUUCUCCUGCCAGCUACCUUCCCCCAGUUCUAUGGUCGAGGAUUGCGAAGCCCCGCGAAGGUGGUGCCGAAAGGCGCCGUGAUCUUUGGGCAUAGCUGGAAAUUUCCUUUGCGAUGGAGCUUGUCGAAGGACGUUCCGCCAGAGGAAGGCGAGCCAGACCCACCGUCCCUGGAUGAGGUGUCGAACCUGAUGGAUGACAGCGGCAUUGGCACGAGCAUUGACUCGUCAUCCGGCGGGGAUACGUCGGCGUCGCCUUUCUUUUACGGUCUGGGUAACAACCCCCAGGUCCCAUGUGGUAGCAGGGACAAUUCGUCAAUUGAGUCUGGGAUCGGCAGCGAUAAGCCUGGCAGCGAAAUAGUUCCUGCUGAGCAGGUCGUUCAGUAUCGGGAGGAUUCGAAGAAACGUGCGAUUUGUUUAUCAGAGGCGGAUGACCAUGAUGACCUGGCGAGGAAGCUCCGGCGUGUGGAGAAGAGGAUAAGCCUGGGCUAG